GGUACUAUCAACUAUGGUGUCGCUUUUAAGUUUUACUUUUGGUUGCGUGAUUUCAUUUUUGAGUUUGACGUUUAAUCUGGUCAUUGAUUGACAAAAUGUGUUAUUCUCACAGUUAUUAUUCGUCGUAGCGUAGUGUAUUAAAACUAACCAAUGAACAAACCCUUUCAGCAUUACUCACUAUAAUAUUUUAUAUUAUCGAAACAAAAAAUAAUUACACAGUUGGCGUAUAUUAUAAAUAAAAUUCAAAGGAAACUGCUAUACAUACAGGUAGCAAUAUGUUAUCAGAUGAAUCAAGCAGUGAUUCAGAAACUGGCAGGUUCAAAUGUCAAUCAAAAACUCAAGGUAAAAAACCAAAUGAAAAUGAUACCAAAAGGGAAAGUUUAUUUGGUAGAUCUUCAGGAAGGAGUAGGAGACCUGAUGACAGGUUAAACAGAGACAUGGACAGAAAGAGAGAUGAAAGAGAGAGAUUUGAAAGGCACUCUAGGGAAAGACAUCGAUACUCUAGAUAUUCUCCUGCAAGAAGAAGACAUUCUGGAGAUAGGACUAGGAAUAGACGCAGUCCAGAUAGGUAUAGAGAUAGACAUGCCAUUGACCCUAUUGGGAUAUCUAGGCAACGAGAUAUUCGUAGCAGUAGUAGAGACAAAUAUAGACGCUCGAGAUCCAGAUCUUAUAAAUCUCCAGGAAAAGUACGAAUUAUAAAAGAUACGAUAAAAGGCAUAAUAACAGGGAAAGAAAAAAAUGUAGAUGAAGUUGAGAUAAAAUCCAAACUUGACAAAUCAUCAUCUCCAGAAAUUAUUACAAAAAAAUCAGCAGUACACAAACCUGCUACUUCAGAAACUCAAAAAAAAGCAAGUGAUAGUCCUAUUUUAAUCGAAGAAAAUGAUGGCAGUGAUGCAUCAGAUGUAGUACAACCUGGAUCUUAUUAUAAAAUGAUACCUGCAAUUGUAAAGGAAAAAUCUGAGGAAUCUAGUGAAAUUGACUCAUCUGAUGAUGAAAAGCUCAGAGCCAAAUUACUAAAUUUGGAAAAAGAAUUGCAGAAAACGAAAAAGAAGAAACAUAAAAAGAAACAUAAACGAAAAAGCUCAAAAGCUGAUAAGGAGAAACAAGAGUCUUCAGCAUCAGUAGAGGUAAGUAGUACUACUGACAUACAAGAAGUGAAAACUGAUGUUCCUUCUAAAAUCCCCGAAACUGAAGUAACUUCAACCCAAAAAAAUAAUCAAAAAGAGAGUAGUGAAGAAGGAGAAAUAUUAAGUGAUGACAUUUCCCAAUCAGAUAUUGAAAUUGAUCCUAAUGAUUUACGUCACAAAUUAAAACGAUCUAAAACAGAUACUCAAGACAAAAUACCGAAACUUGAUGUAUGUGGACCAGCUUUACCUCCACACCUAGAAAAACGUUUUCAAAAGAGCUUAUCCCCUGUAACUGAGGGUUCAUCUUUGCCUAAACAAAACAAGUCCCGAAAUAUAGGACCAUUAAUACCAGAAAAUAUGCGCGAAGUUUUAGCAGAAAAUAGUGAAGUGGUCAGAGAAAUAAUAAAAUAUGAGAGUUCUGAUGACGAUGGCAUUGGCCCGUUACCUGCUGGUGCGGAAGACAAGUGGUCUGAUGCUCAUCAGCGCCUCGAAGAGAGAGCUAUUGAAAUGAAAAUUAAAUCCCUUGAUGGUCAUUCAUUAGAAAAUUCAAAUAUCAAGUCUCGUGAGCAAUGGAUGUUAGAGCUGCCUGAAGGCAAAGCUAAAUAUUUAGGUUUGGAAGCUCGAUCCUUUAGAGCAAAAGCAGGACCUGAUAUGUCAGACAGGUCGAGUUGGACUGAUACUCCAGAAGAUAAAGCCCGAAAAGCUUUAGGUAUAGCUAAAGAAGAGGAUGCAAAUACAACACUUCAAAAAGAAGCACGUAUCCGGCAUAUUGAAAGUAGAGACGAGGAACAGGAGAAGGCUGUUAGAAAACAUAAAAAGAAACAUAAAAGGGAAGAGAGCCUGUUGGAAAUACAUCAAAAGAAAUUGAAGAAGAAGAAGAAGAAGGAAGAAAAAGACGAAGAAAAAAAGGAACGCCGCCCGUUCAGUCGAGACGUUGAUUUGGCUGUUAAUCGCUUCGAUGAGGCUCAAAAGAAAUCCAUAAUCAAAAAAGCACAAGCUUUAAAUUCGAGAUUUUCAAGCGGCGAAGCAAAAUUUUUGUAAAACUAAAACAAAUAGUUAUGAAUUCCAUAUGAUUUUAAUUUACUAGUUGUUAUAAAUGAGUUGAUCAUUAUUAUGAAGGUUGACUCGGCUGACUAGCCUAGACUGAACCACUGUUCAAUGAUAUGUAAUACGUAUUUGAUGUGGAGUACAUACGCCUUGACAAUGUUGUAGUACUAAGUUCUAGGUGACGUCAUCAUAGUCUCGUUUUUGUCUGUCAUCACAGUCAAGCUUCCAAAAACGAAGACCAACGCUCGGAAUAUAAGUAAAAGAUAUUCUUUGUAACGGUUCAUAGUGUAAAUAUGUUGACAAAAAUAGUAAUUACUAAACUUUUGUCCAUAUUUAAUUUAAUUGUGUUAGUGAUAGUAAGUAAUGUUAGGAGCAAAGAAAAGAGUUGAAGAGGAUAUAAGUUAGCACUGGGUUUUUAAUAAUUUUCGAUGGUAUUGUAAUUUAAUUGUUUGAAAAAAUAGCAGCAGUUCUUAAAAUUAUUUUUAUUUUAAUACCACUUUGCCGAACUUUAUUGUCAU